AUGGUGUCGACUGUGGCGUGGGCCAUAGUGUCCCAGAUGCUGAAGCGAGACGCCGUCGACGCAGACCCAGACGAGGAAGCCCCCGAGGCAGGCCAGAAGGAGAUCUUCACAUCAUGGGCCCUCUCCAUCUUGAUUGUGCUCCUCAUCAUCGCCCUCUUCACAAGCUACAUCAUGCAAACCCGCAAGAUCCAGGCCGUCCACGAGACCGUCUUGUCCAUCUUCGCCGGCAUGGUCGUCGGCCUCGUGCUGCGACUGACAGCAGUGGGUUCCGUCCUCGAUGCUGUCAGUUUCGACUACCAGAUGUUCUUCAACCUCCUGCUACCGCCCAUCAUUCUUUCAGCCGGCUACGAACUACACCAGGGUAACUUCUUCAGACACAUUGGCAGCAUCCUCACUUUUGCCUUUGCCGGCACUUUCAUAUCCGCCGUCUCGCUCGGUCUCAUUCUGUUCCUCUGGACUCGCAUCCCUCUCGAUGGCUUCAAGAUCAACUUUGUCGAAGCCAUGUCAGUCGGCGCUACCCUCUCCGCCACCGACCCGGUCACCAUCUUGGCCAUUUUUGACACCUACAAGGUCGAGCCAAAGCUAUACACCCUCAUCUUCGGCGAAUCCAUCCUCAACGACGCCGUCGCCAUCGUCUUGUUCGAGACGGCGCAAAAGUACAAAGACGGCGCCGAGACGCUGGGCAUCGCGAGCCUGUUCGAGGCUUUUGGCAUCUUCUUCGGCGUCUUCUUCGGCAGUCUGUUCAUCGGUGUCAUGGUCGGCAUCGUGGCUUCGUUGACGUUGAAGUUCACCUAUGUCAGACGCUAUCCCAAGACCGAGACCUGCUUGAUCAUCCUGGUCGCCUACCUUACCUACUUCUUCUCCAACGCCAUCCACAUGUCGGGUAUUGUGUCGCUCUUGUUCUGCGGUAUCUGCCUCAAACACUAUGCCUACCACAACAUGUCCCGGCGCACUCAGCUCUCCACCAAGUUCGUCUUCCAGGUCACAUCGCAACUGUCGGAAAACUUCAUCUUCAUCUAUCUGGGCCUCUCGCUCUUCACCGACAAACAGCUCGACUUCAAGCCUCUCUUCAUCCUCAUCACCGUCGCCGGCAUCUGCGCAGCUCGUUGGGCGGCCGUCUUCCCCCUCUCCAAAGCCAUCAACGCUGUUUCGAGAUGCCGCCGCCGACGCCGCGGUGUAGACACGACGGAAGACGAGAUUCCCUACGCACACCAGGCCAUGAUCUACUGGGCAGGCUUGCGAGGUGCCGUCGGUGUUGCUCUUGCCGCAGGACUGACAGGCAACAACGGCGACACGCUCCGUGCCACCGUGCUCGUGGUGGUCGUGCUGACCGUCAUCAUCUUCGGUGGCACCACAGCACGUAUGCUAGAGAUUAUGGGCAUUCGCACGGGAGUCGUCGAAGAGAUUGACUCGGACGAUGAGUUUGACAUUGAGGUCGUCAACGGCGGUACAUUCCAGCGCAACAAAGGCUCCGCUAUUGGCCACACCCCUCAGCCUAGUCAGAACGGUUUCGGAUUGAACAACGUGAACGGCGCGUACUCGAGCGGCUCGCUGAACCGCAGCAGCCCACCCACGCGUCCCAACGGGCAGCCGAUGCGGCGGAACUCGAGCAGACAACGAUUCGCAGAUGGCGCAGACCACGCUCUCCUCAGCCCGGGCGACAGCCUUUCCGGCGAGGAAGACGAUGCCGACCUCGACCUGCCACCAAGCGCACGCAGGUCACCGAACCGCCAGCCUUCCCCGCUGGGCACAUCCAUGGAUCCCCUGUACCCAACUUCAGGCCAUCGCAUGGCGGAGACGGGCGUGGCAGAGGGUUCGAGUAGAGUGGCCACGGCUACGGGCGCCGUGAAGCACCUCUUCAAUGAGCUGAGCCACGACCCGGCGAAUGCGUUCAAGCAGAUUGACGAUGGUUUCCUGAAACCACACCUGCUUCUCGACCCUGGGCAAGGAAAGCCCGGGCCCAGCAAUGUGUAA